CUUCAACUAUUCCAACAAAUAAUGCGACAAAUUCCACUACUCCAGGACCAGUAAUUUAUCCUUAUAAUACGGUUCUGGUACCACCGAAUAACGGAACAUGGCAAAUUUGUUCGCAAGAAAAUACAAAUUAUGUUAGUUAUAGUUUAAGGGUGGUCGAUGAUUCAUCUCCGAUAACUCCAAAUUACGGGACUACAAACGAUAGUCAACUAAGUCCAAACCCCACAGCUCCGACAGUGGGUGUCGUGGCAAGAAUAAUAUAUUCCAAUGGGUUGGAGUUCGUUCCAUCAUUAUCAUGUUACAACGAAAUUAUUAAAGAGUGCGAUCAGGAUACGGGAAAAAUUUUAAUGGAAGACAAAGACAAGUACUGCUUACAAAUAAUAAAUCCUGGACAACUUUCUCAAAAGGUUAAUGUCACCGUGAGCUUCACGAGUACGGUGUUCAAGGAUGGAGGAUUUACUAGUGCAAACAGGCCAGGCGGAAAUGCAAAACCUUUAAACAAUUCGAACAGUUCGGAUAGCAGUGCCUCGAUAAAUUGCGGAAGUACACUCGGAAUCUGUAUGAUCUCAAUGAUGUCUUGGCUUGUAUUCUGUGUUUUUCAAAGCAGCAUAUAA